GCAAAACCCAGAUCGUCUUCCCCAAAUCCCCCAUCACCCGAAACCACUUCCCUCCCCAUUGCACCUCCAUCCCACCUUUUCCCAUCCCCCAUCAUCCCAGGACUCCUCCAAAUUCGCCCGAGAGGUCACAAAAGCCAUCAUUCAUUGCACUUCGAUCUCGGACAUAGAGAGAAAACGCGGAGAGCUUUCAUACCUGCGCAGACGCCAUGGCUGGCUCGUGGAGAGCUCGUUGAUCUCUCGUCAUGCUUGGGAUCGUCACAUUCGGUGAGUGUUUCGAUUUCUGAGUGCUCGAUCUGGUUUUGUAUUUUGUUUGAUAUUUUGUGGAUAUUUGUUUUUAAUCGGGAAAAUGCGGUGGAUCUAAUUGUGAUUUGAUGUUUUUGAGCUCGGAAACGAUGAGAUUUAUGGAUCCAGCUUGAAUUUUUUUGUGGAUUUUUUUAUAAUGGAUGGUGAUUUUUUGUGUUCGUCUGAACUAAUGGCCGCUUUUCUCAUGCUCGGCGUUCUAAUUCUCCUCGGCAUUUCGUCGAACAUGUGGAGCACCGUCAUCUACGCCGACGUCUCCCCUGGAAUUUACUCGAUCGAGGUCGUCAAUGAGUUCCCUCACGAUCCCGACGCCUUCACCCAGGGGCUACUUGAUGCUGGAAAUGAUAGCUUGUUCGAGUCGACUGGGCUUUACGGGAAGUCAUCAGUGCGCAAGGUUGCGAUUCGAAUUGAGAUAUGUAGGUGAUUAGAAUGAUAUAGGUGGCUAUGUAAAUGUAUCAUUUGUGUAUGUGUUUGCUUGAAAUUUAUUUACUUGAUUUCGUUUUGGGAUUUAGGGAAGACAUUCUAGGAUUUGGCGAUGGCGGGAUUUUUGGGAGGGAUGAUAGGGGAUGGGAGAAGGUGGGAUGGAGGUGCAAUGGGGACGGAAGUGGUUGCGGGUGAGGGGGUGGGAGGGUGGGCACGCGAUCCCGUAAUGACACAUGACGUCUAGUCAUUGUCCACAUAUGCGUCACAUGAUCAGUUAACGGUAAAGUUAAUAGUUCGACUAACGAAUGUAUGAGAUUGUCCCAAAAUUAACAUUUUAGGUAUGACUCUGGGAUGAAAAAAACUUUAUGUACCAAAUGUUGAAAACUACGAAACUUGAGGAUAGUAAACUGAUAUUUACCCUUAUUUUUAAUAUACAUGGGGCCUGUUAUUGACA